AUGCCAGAGUUCAACGCAUUUACAGAGGACGAGGUGAAGGGAGCUGAAGAUUAUAACCAUUACAACGGACAGCAUGAUGGAGGAUCAACUACACAAUUACAAAAUAUAGAAAGACGAGAUACAGAACAUGUAUCGAAGACAACAAACACGGCACUUCAACCGCCAAACUCAUCAACGAACAAUCUUCAAACACCGAGUGAAAAUUCAACACCCUCACAAACCUUUGGGAUAAGAGAACCACUACCUCCUUUACAUACACCACAUCGAAGGAGGAAAAUGAAAUUAUGGAUCGGUCUCAUACUCAUAACACUUGACCUAGCUUGUCUUCCAAUUACAUAUUACUAUGCUCUGAAUUUUGGCACAACAAUGAAGUUGCAACAUAUCUUUGCUAUCAUAACAGCAGUAUAUGGAAUGAUCAGUUUCUCACAUUACGGUUUCCGAUCGCUAAAACUCUUUCGCGCAAAGACAGCGCCGAGAUGGAGGCCAGUAGGAUGGACCAAGUGGGGAAUGCUUGAAUUCUUGCACAUUAACUUUAUGAUUGCCAUCACUUUCGUAGAGAUUGAGCUAAUAAUAGGAACCAUUCCACAUAAUCCAUGGGUCCGCCUAUGCGCCAUGCCUUCUCCGACGAUAUGCUAUUGGUUCGGAUUCAUGUUUACAGCAUCUGCGAUUCAAACCAUGCGGAAAAAGCAAUUGCCGUUCAACAUGUCAUCGACCGAGAAAGGGAAACUUUGGCGUCCCGCAUUAUUGGCCAUCAUCGAAGAUGCCGGUGGAGUAGAAGGUCAAGGAGGAGUUGUAUAUCGAAGCAAUGUGAUGAAGAGAUACGAAGUCAGCCCGAUAUUUCGACGGAUGAUGUUGGUCUUGACGUGGUUUUGGGGCAUCGGUCUCAUAUGUAUUGCGAUUAUAUCGACAGUCAUUAUAAUGACAUUACCCGAAAAUAUCGGAUUUGGAGUCGGUUGGGGAUUGCCAUAUCUCUGGGGCUUCGUCUGGGUCUGCCUCACAAUGAUAUUUGUGAAAAUGCAAUUGCAAAAGGAGAAAAGCCAUUGGGAGACGAAGGACGCAGGAGAGGGACAAGCCGUGGCCGAGUUUGCUUGA